AUGGAAGCAGGUCUGACUAAGGAAGGCGCGGCGUUCCUUCCAUCUCAAGCUCCCUCGUCAUCCACAUCUACCUCACCAACACCACCAACCAAUACCACGCAAAGCCUUGCUAUGCCUGCAUCGUCAUCCAUUCAGUCUUAUUUCACAUCUUCGCCAACCAAAAACAGCGACGGCUUCACCGCUGACGAGGUGCAGGGUGCAUCUGCAACUGCUUCAUGGACUCCCAAUUUAGAGUACGAAGAUGCUGACUUGGGCUCUCUCAGCCCUGGCCCACGUAAUCUGGCGCUCAUGGGGCGCGUAGUCAACUUCUACGAUGUAGCCAAACCAAGCAAGCGUCACACAUCUGCCCAGGGCUACAUCAAGAUUAUGCUUGCAGACGACACCGGUGUACUCACUGUGCGUCUCUGGUACGCUAACGUAGAGCACAAGCUACGCCUUGGUCAGCUCAUGACAGUCUGGACAGUACACAUCUCGAACAGCUCGGAGCAUAAUGCACUUGCUCCUGACUCUGCGCCACUCUUCACCAGCAUCUUUCCUGAGGGCGAGCGGCACUGUCACCUCAUGGUGCAUGAGAAUAGUGACAACGGCACUCAAUUCAAGAGACCAUUCAACUGCACAGACUUCAGAGCACUUCCUGGCCUUAUGACGUUGAAAAGCUUCACCGAUGGCGGGUACGAUGUCGACGAGCCCAAGCUGCUUGUGUGUGUGAAGAACAUUGGAGCAAGGAAGCGUUACAUCAAUCGUAAUGGCACUACCUCCGAACUGCUUACACUGGGCAUCUUCGACGACACAGCCGAUGCAUCGCUGACCCUUUACUCCGGGGUCUGUGAUUCUGCGACUUCCUUUCAGCCUUCGAGAACGGUCUUGCUGAUCUCGAAUCCAGGCUGGCGCAUCGAAAAAAACGCUAAGCUGUCGCUGAAUGCCAAUUCUCGUGUCGACAUCGAUCCAGACAUAGGCGACGCACGGCGACUCCAAACACUUGCCCAACGCUUUACAAAGAAAGAGCACGUCAAUCCAGCAUUUCCCGCUAUCGAUGUUUCCUUCUUCGAAGAGAGUCCCGUUCGUGCACUGUACAACUUCGCCGAUAUUGAUGAAUUUGCGCGGACGAACCCACAGGAGGAGCUCAUUGGUUAUGUGUCCUGCAUCAUCACUUCGCUCAACAUCGUUGUGCCGUACAAGCGCAACAUGCUGUUAAGCGCCGAGUGUUGCGGAAUCGCGCUCUUUGCCAAUACGAACAAUUCGAUUUGUAAGCAAUGCGAGCAGGAAGUUGAAUUGAGGAUCAAUCCGAGGAUCCUCGGUCCAGUUCUUGACGAAACUGGACAAAUCAGCAGCGGCAAGCUCGUCUUGUCGGAUCGCGCGUGGGGCGAGCUGCUGGGUCGGACAGCGUCGCAGCUUGUCGGUACGGAUGUAGAUGUGCUGCGGUAUCUGGAGCAGCGGCUACUGUUUUUACGGAUUACCAUGGGCUUUGCACUGAAACUAGACGACGAGAUUGGACGGCUUGCUGUUUGGUGCGUGAAGAACUAA